AUGUCUCAAUCAAGCCCUCCGGAGCUGCAGCUCUGUGAGCAGGCAGAGGACACCAUGCUGAGUUCCAACGUGGGCAACACUGGGUCCCCCAAGACCGGGUCCAUCCUUAAACCCGAGGCUGAAAGGAGCCCUGGAGAAAGUCCGGAGACAGAACAGGUGUUAUUCAGCCAGACACGAUGUGACAAAGGUGCAGAGAUGCCAGCUGCUGAGGGGCCACACAGCUACAUCUUUGGGGUCCAAGAAGCAAGAAUAGACCAGAGGGCCUUCACGUGGCCCGUGGAUGAGUUUGAAACUCAAAAAAACUUAAAUGAAGAAGAAGCUUCUUGGGGGUAUGGAGUCAAAGAGCCAGCCCUGACAACCACCUGGAGUGUGCUUGCUGGAGGGGACUCCACCGGUGACUCUGCUCCCGCUGAUAAGGAGGGGCAGGAGAAAGCCAGCAGCAUGCUGAGCGAUUUCUUUCCUCUCGAGAAAAGCAGGCUGCUGAGUCACAUCAGCGGCGGUGACAGGCCACUGCUGUCACCACGAUGCUACACUUCCAUCCAAAGCCAGAGAUUCGAAUCAGACCCGGAAGCAGCCCCCUCUCCACCCAGUGCUCAGCAGUUUAGAAUGUCCCCCAGUUUUUCACGGUACAGCAGGGGUGAUGGCAAGGAACCACGGACCAUCCCCCAACUCACCAAGCACAUCCAGAGCCUGAAGUGGAAAAUUCAGAGAUUCGAAGAACAAUUUGAACAGGAGAAGAAAUACCGGCCUUCACAUGGUGACAAGACUGCUAAUCCUCAAGUUCUCAAAUGGAUGAAUGAUUUGGCUAAAGAUUGCAAAAGGCUGAAAGAACUAAAGCUGAAGAUGUUUGAAGAACAAGGGGGUGCUCCCAAAGCCCGACCCAGAAGCCUAUACUGGGAGCCACCCAGAGGGCCUAGAGAGAAAAAGAUGCCGGAAACCGCAGGCGCUGAGUUGGGCUCCUUCAGAGAGGAGAUUCCAAAAGCUUUAUGCCUGCAAAAGGAAGAGCAGCCCCUACAGGAGGCCAUUAAAGUAACUAGACAAGGCAGGAAGACAAUGGCACCUUAUAGCCGAUACAGAAUGAGCAAUCCAACGUUUCCAAAGCAGUCCUUUAUUCCAGCAAUUCAGGAAGAAGAGGACUCUGAGGACAGUUGUCCACAGGGAAGCCAGCAAUAUUCUUUGCCAGAUCAGAUAUCUCAUCUCACGGUGAGUGAUAGCCCAGUCCCUUCUAAAGAGAGCCAGCCUUUCAGGGUCUUGCCACUAGAGGAAAACAGGGAAAUGAAACCAGCUACCAUCUCCAUGUCCAGUUUACAUGAAGCCCCCCUGCCUGUCCUCCUUGAGCAGUUCCGAGAAGCUAAGGCUGAGAAGAGGAGACUCCAGAGAGCCAUAAGAGAAUUUGAUGAUCAAUUUUAUAAGCAAACAGGAAGAAAUCCACAAAAGGAAGAUAGAAGACCAAUUGCUGAUGAAUACUCUGAAUACAAGAACAUAAAAGCCAGGCUGAAACUUUUAGAAGCUCUCAUCAGCAAGCAAGAUAAGGACCAAGGAUUCUGA